AUGAAGGCCACUAUAUCUUUGAUUUUGGGUCUGCUCUCCUCCCUUCUUCGUGUCGAGUCUCGAAAUACCAAUAUCAACUUGGCUCCACAACAGGAAGAGGGAUAUGCGGGAGUGAGCACGUUCGCUACAGCCGCGGCCCCGGCUCCUCCCACAAAUGUCAAGCUAGCUUAUCAUGGCGGUCAAUUGACUUCUGGAAACGUCAACUUCCAAGUCGUCUAUGUGGGAUCUGCUCCGCCUGAUCCAGCUUUUCAAGCCAACGUAACGCAGUUCCUUACGGACUUGCCACAAAUAACAUCAUUCUGGUCCGUAAUGCCCCAGUAUUCUACUCAAGCCAAGGCCUCCAUCACCGGUGUUGCUGGCGUCACCAACAAGCAAUGGAAUGUAACGUCUGGCACGCUCCAAACCGCCGACAUUGAUAAAUAUAUUGCUAGUACAUUUGCUGGAACCAAAUUCACUACAAGUGAUAUCAUAAUAUUUAUGCUUGCACCGGAUAUGGGAAUGGCAAUGAGCUCCAUUUAUCAAGGGAAACAACAGACUGCUUCUACGUGUGUUGAUUUCUGUGGUGUUCAUAUGACUACCGGAACAACCAAUAUGGUAGCCUACGCUGUUCUACCGUCGUUUACUGGAUGGCCUUGUAACGUUGGUUGCCAUGCUACUGGCGCGUCCGGAGGACUUGACCCUUUCCAAGCUACAACCCUGACUCUUGGCCAUGAGCUUGCGGAAUUGUUCACUGAUACCUUCCCUAAUCUCAACACUACCAAACCAGGCUUCUUCGUGGAUACGGCUGGCACUUUCAAUGGAAUGGAAAUCGGCGACAUUUGUCAAAACUAUGCUGUCAAAUCACCCACUGCUGAUGGUAGUAAGUUUUGA